AUGGGAUCUCAAGAUUUAGCUAGUUUAAUUGGGAGAUUCAAAUACGUAAGGGUCUUAGAUUCAAAUCCUCACACGAAGGUCAUCUCAUUAUUGGGCAGCAUUGAUGGGAAGGAUGCCGUGGUAACGGCCGAAAAGACGCAUUUUAUAUUUGAUGAAACGGUGCGCAGACCUUCUCAAAGUGGCCGUAGCACACCUGUUUUCUUUCAUCGUGAGAUAGAUGAAUAUUCCUUUCUAAAUGGUAUUACGGACUUGAAGGAAUUAACUUCAAAUGACAUCUACUAUUGGGGGUUGUCUGUAUUAAAGCAGCACAUCUUGCACAAUCCAACUGCCAAGAUCAACUUAAUCUGGCCCGCCUCGCAGUUCCACAUCAAGGGCUACGAUCAGCAGGAUUUACAUGUCGUUAGAGAAACUCCUGAAAUGUAUAGAAAUAUUGUCAUGCCUUUUAUCCAGGAGAUGUGCACCAGUGAAAGAAUGAAAUGGGUAAACAAUAUUCUUUAUGAGGGUGCUGAAGAUGACAGAGUCGUUUAUAAAGAAUAUAGUGAUAGGAAUAAAGACGACGGAUUCGUCGUCUUGCCCGACAUGAAAUGGGACGGAAUCAACAUCGAUUCAUUAUAUCUAGUAGCUAUUGUAUACAGAGAUGACAUCAAGUCCUUAAGGGACUUGAAUCCAAAGCACAGAGAUUGGCUGAUUAGACUAAAUAAAAAGAUCAGGACAAUCAUCCCACAACAUUACGACUAUAAUGUGAAUCCAGACGAACUAAGGGUUUUCCUCCAUUAUCAGCCAUCCUACUAUCAUUUUCAUGUGCACAUAGUAAAUAUAAGGCAUCCCGGUGUAGGUGAAGAGAGAGGCUCCGGGAUGACAAUAUUGUUGGAGGAUGUUAUAGAAGCGCUAGGUUUCUUAGGUCCCGAAGGCUAUAUGAAGAAAACUCUCACGUAUGUCAUUGGUGAGAAUCACGAUUUGUGGAAAAGAGGUUUUGGGGAAGAAGUUGAAAAGCAAUUAAAACACGAUGGCAUCGCCACUAGUCCUGAAAAGAGCGCUGGUUUCAAUGCUAAUCUGGGUUGA